CUUAGCCACGCCCCCACUCUGUAGCGUUUUCCGGUGUCGAUGUUUGGCCACAAUUUUGAGCAUUUCUAUCGUUUUUGUUUCCCGACAGCGAACGCGACGUCGCUCAUCUUUAUAAUGGAUGCGUAGCGUGUAAUUAUCAUUCAAAAUAGCCAAGAGGGAGUUCUGCCGUGUCCUCUAAACGUGAAGUUUGAGUGGUUUCGUCGUCUGUGUAUGCGUUGGGCUUUUGGAAACGGGUUUCGCGCGAGCGAUGUUAAACGCAACACAAGCCCGCGGGCUGCUGGUUUUACUCCUGAGUUUAUUCUGCGGUCACUUCGGCUGGGGAUGGUUUCAAAACAACGCCAAGAGCAAAAGCCCACAGAAGGAGCCCGUUUACGGAGAGACUCCGGACAGCCAGGACCAGAGCUGCUUGUGUCAUUUAACCGGGGUCUUGGACGACUGUUUCUGUGACAUCGAGAGCAUUGACGUCUUCAACAACUUCAAAGUGUACCCUCACAUUCGCAAGCUGGUAGAGCGAGACUUCUUCCGAUACUACAAGGUGAAUCUGAAGCGUCCGUGUCCGUUCUGGCCUGAUGAGGGCCAAUGCUCGAUCAAAGACUGUCACGUAGAGCCGUGCCCAGAGAGUAAAGUUCCUGUAGGAAUCAAAUCUGGCAACUAUAACAAGUUUUCUCAGGCCGCCGGCAGCAUCAGUGAUGCAAGAGAGUGUGAACAGGCUCAUGAACUGGGAGCUGUGAACAGCACACUGAGGUAAAACACACUCACUCACACAUACACUCACUCUCACACACACACACACACAUACACUCAACACACACACACACGGUACGUGGAUCUGCUGCUGAACCCGGAGAGAUACACCGGAUAUAAAGGACCGUCGGCCUGGAGAGUGUGGAACAGCAUCUAUGAGGAAAACUGCUUCAAGCCAAGAUCAGUGUAUCGUCCUCUCAACCCUUUGGCUCCCAGUCGUGGUGACGAUGACGGUGAAGGGUUUUACAAAUGGAUGGAAGGUUUGUGUUUGGAGAAGCGGGUUUUCUAUCGUCUGAUCUCUGGCCUCCACAGCAGCAUCAACAUCCACCUGUGCGCUGAAUACCUGCUGGACGAGGGCUGGGGGAAGUCGGUCUGGGGUCCAAACCUGCAUGAGUUCAGGCAGCGCUUCGACCCGGCCGAGACCAAGGGCGAGGGAACGCGCCGGCUCAAGAACCUGUACUUCCUUUACCUGAUCGAGCUGCGGGCGCUGUCUAAAGUGACUCCGUACUUCGAGCGCUCCUUCAUCAACCUGUACACGGGAAACUCUCAGGAGGACUCGAGCACCAAAGAGCUGCUGCUGCAGGUCCUCAACGAGACCAAAGCGUUCCCCAUGCACUUUGACGAGAGCUCCAUGUUUGCGGGCCAUAAAAUAGAGUCGAAGACACUCAAGGAGGAGUUCAGGCUUCAUUUCAAGAACAUCUCUCGUAUCAUGGACUGUGUGGGCUGCAGUAAAUGCCGGCUCUGGGGAACGUUACAGACUCAGGGUCUGGGAACGGCCCUCAGGAUCCUGUUCUCCGAGAAAGAGAUCAAGAAGCUUCCAGAAAACAGUCCGUCCAAAGGCUUCCAGCUCACGCGGCAGGAGAUCGUGGCUCUGCUCAACGGAUUCGCCAGACUGUCCACCAGUAUAAAAGAGCUGCACAACUUCCGGACUCUGCUGAAGGAUCCGAGUUUCACAGGUUUUCAACACGUCUCUGUUUCUAUGAAGAACUCCACAUCAACACGUUAAAGAGCUGAAUAUGCGUCUGAUCAGUGCUGUAUUUAGCUGCGAGUGUCUUCCACUGGAUUCAGUUUUCUGCCGUUUUCAUGAUCUGCUAAUUCUGGAGGAAUAGUUGAGCUGGAGUUGAGAUGAAGAGCAGCUAUCGGUGUGUGUUCGUGUGUCGAGCGCUGCAUGCUUUCAUCAGCGUCUGCCUUAAUAUUUCUGAAUGCCAGAACAAUACUGUAAAUACAGCUUGGGCUCUGAUCUGAGCUUCAGUCUCAUCGACUCGAUCGGAUCACACAUGCCACAUCCUCACACCUUCAGGAUUCAAAGCCGUGUAAUUAUCUGCACAAAUGAUAUGAUGAUAUGCAUUUGUUUGAAGCUCCUCUCUGUCUUUCUGACGUGAUUUUGAACAUUUUCAGGCCGUGAAUAAACCAUGAAUUGUAUUGUGUGUUCGUGUCAAGAAUAUUUAUUUAAACGGGAAUAAAUAUGUCUGGUUGUCUCACA